UUCAAGAACGUCCCGCGCAAAGGCCCCUGGUGAUGUUUACGUGAGGUACACGACGGCUAAAGCACAGAAAGUUGAGAAAGAGUAACAUCGUCAUGUAACUUCGUGGAAUUAGGUAGCAUUAUGUAACAGGAGAGGCGCAAAUGGGAAACACCAACUUGUGGAGAGAAGUAGUUGUGCUGGGGGUGGCCUGUAUUCUUCUCAGAACAGGUGCAAAGGCCAACCAGCCCCCAAUUAUCACAGCUGGAAUGGAGAACCAUCAAAUUCCAGAAGACACAUUGGUUGGAACUACAGUGUACACCUUGGAUGCAACUGAUGCGGAUGGUGAUACACUGACGUACGGAGUCGGACAAGCGUACGGAGUCUCAGGACAAGUCACUAACCUGUUCAUGGUUGAUCCGAGCACUGGGGUUGUUACCCUGAGAACACAAUUGGACAGAGAGCAAACAGACGAAUACCAGAUUACUGUAACAGUCUCAGAUGGGAUAAAUCAAGUGAGUUGGUAUUCGAGCAUUUUCAUAACUGAUGCCAACGACAACAGUCCAGUGUUCCAGGGUAUUCCCUACGAGGUGAACGUAAAUGAAAAUGACAUUCAACAAACCAGCAUAUUUAGGGUGACUGCAACUGACGCAGACCAGGGCAUACGAGGAACUGUGUCCUAUUAUCUAGAGGAUGGAGAUGAAACAAAGUUUGAGGUUGACAGACCAACUGGAGUUGUGAACUUGAGGGAGGCGUUAGACUAUGAAGAAUCACCUAUUCAUCUAGUGUGGAUCAGAGCUCAGGAUGGAGGAGGCAGCUAUCGGGGAAACCAAGUUGUCCAGAACAGCACCACUGUCCUGAUAGUGCAUGUUGUUGAUGAGGAUGACGAGUUCCCUCUGUUCUUGGGACUGCCUUGCUCAACCCACGUCAAUGAAGACACUCCACUAGGAACAUCCAUCAUAACUAUCACUGCUGAAGAUGAAGACUGCGGCAUCUGCAACAAUACGAUCAUUUAUUGUACUGAUGAACGGGACCGCAUCGCAAUUUCGACUGUUGUGGGAGUUGCAGUUGGAACGACCAUGCUGGGAAUACUUGUGGGGAUCCUGGCCACAAUACUUGCACAAAGAUACUGUGCAAACCUUUAUAAAUGUCCAGAAGCUGCUGCUGAUGUUGAUGAUGAAAGAUAUGACGAUGUGCUGGCUGUACGAACAGACUCCAGGCGAAGCAUGGGUGGAAAUAAAGUUCCAAUGGAGACCCAAGCCGCGGCACACACCCCUACAGAUCCAGACGACAACUAUCAAGAUUUAAUGCCAACUACUAGUAAUACAUAUGAGACAGGGCUUUAGCCAGCUCGAAUUUUUUUACCGUCCCCAGGUCAACCCAAUUCGCGAAAAAAAA